CUUCAAUUGAACGUCCUUGUUAUCUAUAUUCUGACUAUUCUUCAAUCUUCAUUCAAUCUUUCUCUUUCCGAUUCUCACAAACAUUUAUGGACGUAGCAGUGACUGCACCCAAUCCAAAAUCUAUAAAUCUCUAGUCAUUUUGUUUUUUUCCAAUUUGACUUCAAUUUUCUUCUUCUAAACUAUGGGCUUCUGGUCAUCGGCGCUUCGAUCAAAACGCCUCGUCUCGCCGGCGGAGAAGGCAGCGCGCGACAACUCCGACCGAGGACUCUCCCGACGCCUUGGCGUCAUCGAUCUUCUCCUCCUCGGGAUCGGCGCCUCCAUCGGUGCCGGCAUCUUCGUCGUCACCGGCACUGUCGCCCGCGACGCCGGACCUGGAGUAACAAUAAGUUUUGUGCUUGCUGGAGCAUCGUGUGUUAUAAACGCACUCUGUUAUGCUGAGCUGGCUUCUCGAUUUCCUGCUGUUGUUGGAGGAGCAUACUUAUAUUCGUAUACAGCUUUUAAUGAACUAACAGCUUUUCUUGUUUUUGGUCAAUUAAUGCUUGACUAUCAUAUUGGGGCAGCUAGUAUAGCAAGAAGCUUAGCAAGCUAUCUAAUAAAUAUUCUUGAACUUUUCCCUGUUUUCAAAGAUAAUAUUCCAAAAUGGAUUGGACAUGGCGAAAAUGUCGGAGAUGUGCUCUCCAUCAAUAUCUUAGCUCCAAUUCUCCUCAUUCUUCUCACUCUAAUUCUCUGUCAAGGUGUUCAAGAAUCAUCAAUUGUGAAUUCUUUAAUGACAGUGACCAAGGUAAUCAUUGUUAUUGUCGUCAUUUUUGCUGGAGCUUUUGAGGUUGAUGUUUCCAACUGGUCUCCCUUUGCUCCCAAUGGUUUAAAAGCCAUAUUUACAGGAGCUACUGUAGUCUUCUUUGCAUAUGUUGGAUUUGAUGCAGUUGCCAAUUCUGCUGAAGAAUCUAAGAGACCGCAGAGGGAUUUGCCCAUAGGCAUAAUCGGAAGCCUCUUAGUAUGUAUUGUAUUGUACAUCGGAGUAUGCUUAGUGCUUACUGGAAUGGUUCCGUACAUGUUUCUAGGAGAAGAAGCUCCUCUGGCUGAAGCUUUUACGUCUAAGGGAUUAAAAUUUGUUUCUGUUCUGAUUAGCAUUGGUGCUGUUGCUGGACUUACAACAACACUCCUUGUUGGUCUUUACGUUCAGUCCCGAUUAUAUCUUGGGCUUGGCAGGGAUGGUUUACUACCCUCAAUAUUUGCUAAAGUUCACUCCAAACGCCACACCCCUAUUCAUUCUCAGGUCUGGGUUGGCUUUGUUGCCAGUGUUUUGGCUGGGCUAUUGAAUGUGCAUGUGCUCUCUCACAUUCUUUCUGUUGGUACACUGACUGGCUAUUCAGUUGUCUCAGCAUGCGUUGUUGUACUUCGCUGGAAAGAUAAGACAAACAGUCAAGUUUCAUUUUCAGCUAAGCGGGAAGGUGUCAUUUGCCUCGUUGUUGUUGCUGUUUGUGGAUUUGCUGCUGGGCUCUCGUACCGUUAUGAUGGUUCGCCUAUUUUUCUGAGUCUAGCUAUAGUUAUUGCACUUGGUGCUUCUGCUGCUCUUGUUUUCCGCCAGGCUUAUGGAGAUGCACAGGGGUUCUCUUGCCCUGGGGUCCCUCUUCUGCCAAAUAUCUGCAUCUUUUUUAACAUGUUCUUAUUUGCCCAGCUACAUCAGGAAGCAUGGGUGAGAUUUGUGGUUCUUUGUGCUAUUAUGGUCGGAGUUUAUGCACUAUAUGGCCAGUAUCAUGCUAACGCCAGCGCAGAAGAGAAUCCUGUUUAUCACGUGGCACCGGAGGAUGACGUUUAAUGAGUUAUGUCUUCAAUAUCACAAUGCGGUUUUUUACCCGAAUGGUGAAAUGCAUGUAUAUCAGCUUUUGGUUCUGUUAGGAUAGUAAUGUCCACUAUAUAUGGAUAACUAUAUGGCUACACUUGUACUAGAUUGUAUAUGCAGAGUCAGCUAGCAUGUGUGUAUGAUUUAUCUCUUGUUUGCAAAUCAAUGAAAGAAGAAAAUUCGUUGUGUAUCAUGUGCAAAUGUUAAGUUGAUACUUUUUUUUUUUUUAAGGUCAAGUUUUGACAAAAUAAAAAAAAAGAAAGAGAAGGUUAAGUUAAUACUUCUGGAUAUGUUCAG